GUGGUCUCACAAGAUGGCGACUCCAGUGCUGGGAUGUGAGGAGUGAAUCAGACCUGCAGUAAAACACACCGCGCUCAUCACAACUGCUGCUCACACACACACCCGAUCAUCUCUCCUCACACAACACACUCAUUCUCCAGUGCUCGCUGUUCAGCUGUUGCUGUUGGAUUCGCUGGGAUUUAAAGUUUAGCUCGGCAACAUCGCUUAUGCAGGAUUCCUAGAUUGGACAAUUCAUCAAAACCCCAUCGCCUUCCGAAUAUAAUCAUACAAUCAGAGUCCUUCCUCGUGGAAUAACUGUGGAUGUGAGGAUAUAAGGCAGAUUGUGUGUGUUGUUCAAACCGUUGUCCAUCUGGAUCACUGACUGCAAUGGCCAUCCAUGUGUUCGAUAACGAUGAGUACAGACCUCCCGUGUGGAAAUCCUAUUUGUACCAGCUCCAGCAGGAGGCGCCGCAUCCACGCAGGGUCACGUGCACAUCUGAGGUGGAGAAUCGGCCCAAAUACUACGGAAGAGAGUAUCAUGGGAUGAUCUCCAGAGAGGAAGCUGACCAACUGCUCAGUGUGGCCGAAGGAAGUUAUCUGAUCCGAGAGAGCCAGAGACAGCCGGGCACAUACACUUUAGCUCUGCGCUUUGGGAAUCAGACCCGAAACUUCCGUCUCUUUUACGAUGGGAAGCAUUUUGUGGGGGAGAAACGCUUCGAGUCGAUCCACGACCUGGUGACGGACGGUCUGAUCACGCUGUACAUCGAGACCAAAGCAGCCGAAUACAUAUCUAAGAUGACCAUCAACCCCAUCUACGAGCACGUGGGCUACACCACCCUGAACCGCGAGCCGGCGCUGAAGAAAGCGCUGCCCGUCUGCAGAGACAUUCCCGACGGGAAAGACACACCCGGAGACGAGCUGGAGGAGAGGCUCACGUCGCUGGUCCGGCGAGCCACGCUGAAGGAGAGCGAGCGCGCGCCCAAGUACGAGAAAGUCCACAACUUCAAGGUGCACACUUUCAGAGGGCCACACUGGUGCGAGUACUGCGCCAACUUCAUGUGGGGACUCAUCGCUCAGGGAGUCAAAUGUGCAGACUGCGGGCUGAAUGUCCAUAAGCAGUGCUCUAAGAUGGUGCCGAACGACUGCAAGCCGGACCUGAAGCACGUGAAGAAGGUGUACAGCUGUGACCUCACCACACUGGUCAAGGCCCACAACGCCAAACGGCCCAUGGUGGUGGACAUGUGCAUACGAGAGAUCGAGGCCCGAGGUUUGAAGUCUGAGGGUCUCUAUCGAAUCUCUGGAUUCAGUGACCUAAUCGAAGAUGUGAAGUUAUCGUUCGACAGAGAUGGAGAGAAAGCGGACAUCUCCGUCAACAUCUAUGAAGACAUCAACAUCAUCACAGGGGCUCUUAAACUGUACUUCAGGGACCUCCCGAUCCCCGUCAUCACGUACGACGCGUAUCCACGCUUCAUCGAGGCCGCCAAGCUGACGGACCCGGACGAGCGCCUGGAAGCUCUUCAUGAAGCGCUGAAGCUGCUGCCUCCCGCUCACUGCGAAACACUGCGCUACCUAAUGGCACAUCUCAAGAGGGUAACUCAGAACGAGAAGGAUAACCUGAUGAACGCUGAGAACCUCGGGAUCGUGUUCGGGCCGACUUUGAUGCGGGCGCCCGAUCUGGACGCCAUGACGGCUCUGAACGACAUCCGCUACCAGAGGCAGGUGGUGGAGGUCCUCAUCAAGAAUGAAGACAUCCUCUUCUAGCAUCACUG